UCAUGCUCAUUUUAGCAUACUUUAGUUAUUCAAAUAGAUAAUCUGAUGAUAGCUUCGAUAUUCUCGUUUCCUCAGAUGCUUCAAAAUCGUUCCUGUGUUUUGCUAUAAGCGCCUGAAUCACCAAAAUUCUCCAUUGAUGGUAACGAUGCUCUAAUCUAUCUUUGUUCUUCAGAAGAAGCUUUGGAAUCUCUUCAACAAACUCAAAUUCUUCUCUCUAUUUCUCUACAAAUGUUACUGCCUUCUCAAAAUCUCUUCAGAUGUUCCAACCGUCUGAAGCUUUGUUCCUUCACCAACUCCCUUCCCAGAAACAACAAUCACUUCUGUCCCUCAUUUUCAUCUUUAUCCCUCCAAAGCCUCAAUCGUUUCCACUUUCAUGCACAUAAGUUACUGACCACUCAUAACAAUUCAACUUCCCGCCACCGGAUUUAUUGCCAUUACGGCAUUGGAGUUUACGAAUCCGAAGACAAUGCACGGAGUGGCGAUUUCAAUUUAGAAUCGGUUCUUUUGCUUUCGGAAUUCAUUUUUCUCUUCUCUUCUGCUGUUUUCUUGGUUGUUUUUGUUUUGAAUUUCGUGGGUUCUAGUUCGAAAAAGGGGAUUUUGAUGUUGAUGGGUGAUAGGGGUUUAGUGUGGGGUUUCCUCUGCUGGUGGCUACGGUUGUUCUUAACUCGUGGAUUCGAAGGUUGCAAUGGAGACGAAUAAGUUGGGGGAAAACGAGUGAUGGGUUGAAGGUGAAUUUGUUGGAUAGGUUUGAGAAAUUGGAGGAGGAUUUAAAGAGCUUGAUGAUUGUGAUUCGGGGUUUGUCUCGGAAGCUUGAGAAGUUGGGCAUAAGAUAUAUGGUUACACGAAAAACACUGAAGGAUCCAAUUGCCGAGACUGCAGUUUUAGCUCAAAUAAAUUCUGAGGACACUCGAACUUUGGCUGUGCAAGAAGAUAUUCUUGAAAAAGAAUUCCUUGAGAUGCAAAAAGUCUUGCUAGCCAUGCAGGAACAGCAACAAAAGCAACUGGAACUGAUUGUUGCUAUGGGAGAAAAAAGGAAACUCAUGGAAAGCAAACAAACGCGGGAUCAAGAACAGACAAGAAUUGAUGGACAAAAUUCAGCCAAUGUGGAAUCAAAAGAACUGGAAGCUUAUGAAAUCUGAGUGUGUCACAAAGGAUUUUGUUGAUGAAACGAGACUGAAGUGGAAUUUCUACACAGUAAGGUGGAUUGUUUCUGUACUUGUGAUCUUGAUUCUUGUGGCUGCUGUUUUCAAAAAAUUUUUAUUUGGUAGUUAUAAAGCUGGAUAAGAAUGCUGGAGAUAUGAAGAGGACUUGAGCCUUUUUCAGCAAUGGUAUGUAUGGAAUUUUGGAAUAUUCAUAACAUAAUGAAGAAUUUGUAUUGUCUGACAGUCAUAGUGUAGAUUUAGGCGAAUUUAGAGUCAAGUUUUGGUUGAUUAUGAAAUGAAGGAUGUAGACAGCCUCACAACCACCUAUAUUGGAAGUGACGGAACCAAAACGCAGGAACCAAUGAUAAAGAAGAAAGAACAGUUCCGGAAGCCAAUUCGAGCCUAGUUUAACUAGUUUUAACACAACCAAUCGACCAAAGGGUCAAAAAGAGUUGAAUCGUCGCCUCUACUUGUUGAACUAAUAAAAGAAUUGGUGGUGAGAGGAAUUGGAAAUGCUAAAGACUUGUUAGAUGGCUCCUCUAAUUUUUGGUAACAUAAUUGUACCACCAGCCUUAGAAACUGAUGCUUGACGUCUUUAAGGUUGAUCCAGUCGACAAAAACAUAGUUUCAUCUUUUGAAAUUAACUCAUCUUCAUAUAUGGGAGUGUUGUUAAA